AUGCAGGGCCGGCUCCCCCGGGGCGUGGCGGGCGUCCUCGGCACCCUUCUGUGCAUGGGGCUGCUCUCCUUGCUGUACGGCUCGAGCCCGGCCCCCCGCGAUGUGCAGGAGACCCCUGCGCUGACCACGCCCCGCCCUCGGCCCCCCGACCUGCAGCUGCACCACAUCUUCAUCGCUGUCAAGACGACCCGCGCCUUCCACCGCUCGCGCCUGGAGCUGCUGCUGGACACGUGGGUCUCCAGGGCCAGAGAACAGACCUUCGUCUUCACCGACAGCCUGGAUGAAGGCCUCCAGAAGAGACUGGGGUCCCACCUCGUGGUCACCAACUGCUCUGCGGAGCACAGCCACCCCGCCCUGUCCUGCAAGAUGGCUGCUGAGUUCGAUGCCUUCUUGGCCAGCGGGCUGAGGUGGUUCUGCCAUGUGGAUGACGACAACUACGUGAACCCGAGGGCGCUGCUGGGCCUGCUGACGGCCUUCCCUGCCGCCCGCGACGUCUACGUGGGCCGGCCGAGCCUGAACCGGCCUAUCCGCGCCUCGGAGCCGCAGUCCCACAACCGCACGAGGCUGGUGCAGUUCUGGUUUGCCACUGGGGGUGCCGGCUUCUGCAUCAACCGCAGACUGGCUCUGAAGAUGGCCCCAUGGGCCAGCGGCCCCCGCUUCACGGACACCUCUGCCCUCAUCCGGCUGCCUGACGACUGUACCGUGGGCUACAUCGUGGAGUGCAAGCUGGGCGGCCGCCUGCAGCCCAGCCCCCUCUUCCACUCCCACCUGGAGACCCUGCAGCUGCUGGGUGCUGAGCAGCUUCUGGAGCAGGUCACGCUGAGCUACGGCAGCUUGGAGGGAAAGCUGAAUGUCAUCAGGCUCCAGGGUCCCUUCUCCCCGGAGGAGGACCCCUCCAGGUUUCGCUCCCUCCACUGCCUCCUCUACCCGGACACUCCCUGGUGCCCACGACUGGUGGCCCGAUGAAUGCUGACGGGCAGAGGUUGGGCGAGGCCUUGGGUUGACCGUCGCCUCCCCAGGCAGCCUUGUGGGCCCAUGGCAAGUGCCCUGUGGUGGACGGUCCCCGGCGGGCCCCCCGGGCGUGGGCAAGACCACCAUGGCUGGAGGCAGGCGGAGAAGCAUCCCGGCGGCCUGGAGGUGGGUGAGGGCCCGAGAGGCCCCAGAGGCUGGACCUCGUGGACUUGAGGGUGUCUGAAUUGAACAAGGGCAGGGGCCCUCAAACUGGACUGGACCGAGCAUCCCAGCCCUCUGGAGAGAUACUUAGGUCCCUGACUGGGGCCACUCCCCCGGGGUCAAACUUGGGGCCCCCAUUCCUGGCUCCCUUGGCAGGACCCCAGCCCUGAGGGUCCCGGGGGCAUAGUGGCAGGUCUAUUGCUCCCCCGUCUCCAGCUCCUUGCUCCCCAGCCCCUGCAACAAAGGGCCUCGUUUGGAGUAUCAGGCCCAGGUGAUGGCGCCGGGGGUCCCAGCCGGCCCUGGUGGCCUGGUGUCACCUCCCCGCCCCCCUUGCUGUUGGGGUGCCAUGUGGCAGCUCUGCCUGUUAGUGUGAACCGAGCAAGGUCAGUAGAGAAGCUCGUGGAGGGGCUUUUGGACCCCCACACCCCGUCUUUCUGCUGUGAAUGCGGGUGUGAUGUCCGGCUCUGGGGCAGCCAGGUUGCUGCUGUGACAGAAAGGCCACGACAGCCCCCAGCUGUCCCUCCUGGCGCUGCUUCUGCAAGAAAAUU